GGGAGCCCAUCCAUGGCGUACCGGAGAAGGCAAUCCAUCCCUAGAACGUUCUCCACCAUCGACGAUGCCGAUUCCUCCUCCCUCGCCGCUCGGGCCAUCCGCGAUCAUGAUCUCGCCCAUGCAGCAGCUGCCGGAGCUGGAUGGGCUGACAAUCGCCACAAGUUUCGCCCUUCUCCUCCGCCGGAUGCUACUGCUUUUGAGUAUGCAUCAACAAGCACUUAUGAUGAACCCAAGAAUGGAUUUUGGGGAGUUUUGGCUAGAAAAGCCAAAUCUAUUCUUGAGGAUAAUAAGGCCAAUGAUCAAUUUGAAAGCUCGGGUAUGAAACAACCUCCCCAAAUGAUUGUUACUGGUGAUCAGUUUCAGUCAUAUCAAUCAUUUGAGCUUCCUCAGAAGAGGGAAAAUCCUUCUUUCCAUAAAAAUUCUGAUGCGUUAGCUGCUUCAAUCACCAAAUUUGGUGGGACAAUUCGAAAUGCACUUGAAGAAGGUCUCACAAUCAUGGAGCAUAAGACAGCGGAUAUAAUACAAGAAACACGCAAGCUACAAAUUAAGAGAAAAGAAGGUGGUCCAGAUACACUGGCAGAGCCUAUAGAUAGACUUUCUCCACAAAAUUUGCCCCAGAUCAAAGCUGAACAAGAAGCUCAACUGAAGGCUUCUCGCAACGUUGCAAAUUCAAUGGCUGCCAAGGCCAAGCUGCUUCUACGAGAGCUGAAGACUGUUAAAGCAGACCUGGCUUUUGUGAAGCAAAGAUGCAAUCAGCUUGAAGAUGAGAACAAGGUUUUGAGGGAGAAUCGUGAAAAGGGGGCUCGUCAUGAAGAUGAUGAUCUGAUUCGUCUCCAAUUGGAGACAUUGUUGGCGGAGAAGGCAAGGCUUGCGCACGAGAACUCCCUGUACACCCGAGAAAACCGAUUCUUGAGAGAGAUUGUGGAGUAUCACCAGCCUGAGAUGCAAGAUGUUGUCUAUUUGGAUGAGGACAUUGAUGAUGAUACAACCGAACUUUGCCCAAGUAAAAUGACAUCCCCACUUUCAUCACCUGCUGCAAACCGAAGAUCACCGUCCCCCAUCAUUACAACAAUUCCUUGUCCAGGUUCACCAGGUUCAUCCUCUACAUCUACACCUAGUCCCACCAAAUCAUCAGCUUCUGCACAUCCUCCACCAUCUACUUGAAAGAAUGAGCUUUCAAUCGGUAAAAAUGCAUAUCAUUGAUGAUCUUUAGUUCCUACAGAUCCAAAGUGAAAAUACAUAUAUUCUUGAUUGAGUUUCAGCCCCUGCAGUUCAAAUAUUGGCAUGUUGCUUCCGGAGAGUGUUUUGGCUGGCGUAUUUUUUUUUUUUUCAAAUUAUUAUUUGUUUUAUAAGUUUAUAUGAUGUAGAAAUGUAUUCAUUCAUUUGUUCAUUGUCCCUUUAUAGUGUAAAGUCAUGCCCAUUCUUUCUGUCGCUUGCCUUUGGAACUCCAUUCUGUUUGU